CCUGAGUAAGCCCUACGCUGCGCCGUUGCAUCCCACUACUGCUAGUCAGGUACCACUGGACUGCACUCCAAGUUUGAGUUGCGACAACACGGGUUCCGGUCUCCUCAAUAAUCUAGACUCCGUACUACUACGACGAACACUGGCUCCUUCUCCAGCCUGCGCCGCACGCUGGCUAAGGUAACAACAAACACGUACCAGCCGGGCCGCGUUAACAGAUCUUACGCCGCCCUCUUUCACCACUGACAUCGCGUUCGAACGGCCAUAUGACUACUACGAUUCAAGUUCUCUUCGCCCGUCUUUCAUGCAUGUGCUAAUGAAGGAUCGACCCGCGCUGGGCCAUAACAGCCUCAGGAGAACACCAUGACCGACCCCCAGCCGGCCCCUCCAGCGUCCUCUCAGGCCCGGCCGGUAUCAAGUCCAGAGGACCAACAAACCCAAAAGGAAGACAAGCAGUCAUGGGCGGACGAUCGGUUUCUGUUGACUCCUCCUGGUCCCACGUCAGCGGUCAAUCCUUUGGACCAGACGUUGUACCAGACCAAUGCGCGAGCAUUUCAGGACAAUCAACACGCGACCUCUCAGCAUGCGCACAGUUUUGCGUCCUCGGCGGAGUCAUCACGCGCUCAGCGCGACGCGGCGCAUCUGUUGAGCGGCCUACAGAUCAGGACUGAUAUCAAUGCAUUGAAAAAAUCGGGGUCAUCCUAUUCGAUCGAGUACGAGUCGCAAUUGCGCCCAAGUGCCUCUGUUGCCAGUCUCCCACGUCGAACCCCCAGUCUACGCGCACAGCUGCAUUCGUCCGCCGGCGCAGUCUCUCCUGGUCCUGUAAUAUCGUCACCGCAAAUAGCAGCAAUGCUCGAUAUCACACCCCUACCCUCUCCAACCUUGGGGACGUUUGACUCGUGGAAGGCUUUCUCACGAACGAGAUCCCGCGAGUCCUCGAUAUCCUCUCUUAAGAACGAGGUCAUGCCCGAGGCCCAGCCUUCCACCCAGUCGCCUUCUUCCCCUCGCCGAAAAGGUUAUCCAGGACUCCAGUCCCCUGUCCCGCGAUCCCGGUCAAACACUGCCGACGAUUCCUCUGCCGCCCCAGAACACUAUCGCAGUGUUAGUGACUAUGUGCCUGAUCCACCUCCUGUUGCAAAGCCGCGAAAUGUUGCCGUAUCUGCAACAGGAGUUCCCGCCGAUGUACCUCCGCCGGUGACGACGAUGCACCGUGAAGAAUACAUUGGCCCCCAGAGAGCUAUGAACAAAACUGCCACUCAAAAGCCUCCAACUCCUCCACCGACGGUGAAUGAGAUAGAAAGCAGCCAGGAGGACGAGCCUCUCGCGAAACGGCCCAGACUGGAGGUUUUCCACGCUAGGAGUAUCGUCAACGGUGAGCCGCGGUCUUACGAAGCAAUUCGUCUGCUUGGUCAAGGAACGUUUAGUAAAGUUUACUUGGCCGUGCGGAAACUCAACCAUGACCGCAAAGAUAGCGUGGACUACAGGCAGGACAGCGUGAACAUGGCUGGGGUGAGAGCUCGAUCAAGAAGACUGGUCGCUGUCAAAGUUGUGGAACAUGGCCCGGCUGGCGGCGCGGAUGCGCAAAGAAUCGAGAUUGGGUUAAAACGAGAAUUGGACAUUAUGAAAUCGAUCAAGCAUCCUUCGUUGGUUCAUCUGAAAGCGUAUGGUCAGGACGGCGACACUCGAGCAUUGCUUGUGAUGAACUACUGUCCAGGAGGCGACUUGUUUGAGGUUGCCAGCAAACACCAAGAUGUCCUGACGGCGCCGUUGGUGCGUCGAAUAUUUUCGGAGCUCGUUUCAGCCUGUCGGUAUCUUCAUCAGAAGUAUAUUGUCCACCGUGACAUCAAGCUGGAAAAUGUCUUGCUCAACAUCCCCAUCCGCGUCCAUUCAGAUGUGGACAACUGGCAAACGCUCAAUCGAGCUGUGGUCACACUGACGGAUCUGGGUCUUUCGCGUCGGAUCCCCGAACCGCCGGAAAGUCCUCUUCUCACAACACGAUGCGGUAGUGAAGACUACGCGGCCCCUGAGAUCAUUAUGGGCCAGCCCUACGAUGGGCGUCAGACGGAUGCCUGGGCCUUGGGGGUUCUUCUAUAUGCUUUGAUGGAAGGUAGAUUGCCUUUCGACCCUCUGCCCGGAGCCAGAGGAGAUCCUGCUACUCUGCGGGCGCGCACUCCUCAUCGUAUUGCUCGAUGCGAAUGGGCGUGGGUCAAAUAUGGCAACGACGACGGCGAAUGGGAUCCCGAGAAAGGCCGGGAGUUCCAAGGAGCUGCCGAGUGUGUCGAUGGGCUCUUGAAGAGGGCCAGCCGCCGAAAACCGUUGUCCGAGAUACGCGAGAUGCCCUGGGUCAAGGAUGGGAUCCAGGUGGACGGCGGUCUUCAUUGGGUCGAGGAAGAGACCUUGUAACAUCAGUUUUUGUUGAUUUAUUGCUUUUGUCGAGGGCACCGCAAGUGAGUGUGAAUGGCCGGGUCACGACGGAUUCAAGAUUCCGGCUUUCGUUCGAUAAGACGAAUGAAUGCUGAAUGCUUUCAUGAGACACAGACCUCUAUGGGUUGGCUGUGAACGGUGGUUAUACGGGGAGUCAACGACAAUCAUUCCAUGUAGAUCAGAGACAAAGAAGGUCGCGUUAUUGCAGAGACAGUUUGGUCAGUAAUACCCAUUUUAGUUACGUUGUACAACUACCUACCUAGGUACACAUGAUCAUCUUAUUUGCGAGAA